AUGGAUCAGUUCCGAUUGUGCUUCUUGCGAGAGUGCGGUUGCCACAUACACCUUGCGAAGCAUGAGGAAUACAACAUGGAGCGGCCUAUGGAAUUCUUCUACGAAUACGGACCCUACGUCGCAAAUGUACUGAAGAUAAUUAAGUACGUUUUUAUGGCAGCCCCGGUCGCCGAUCACGUUGAGCAUAUUCAGAAGAUCCUCGAGAAAAAGGGACAGGGAAUGGCAACAUUGGUGGACAACGCAAUCACAGCGAUAGAACAGUCAGCGGGCGCCUCGCAUGGUGGGGUUGAUACCAACACCGGCAUCGCCAGUCUUGGGAAGCUGGAGCCCUUGCAAGGCCACUAUUUAAGGCAGCUGAAGUCAUACUUAGGGGUCCAUGACAAUAGCAGCGCUCUUAAUAACCUCGAGUGGAUCGUCGUAGAGGGACACGUCAAAUGGGAUUGUUCUGACCAUAGGUUCAACUAUUCAGAGUUGCUACAGUAG